CUUGACCCUUUGGUUUCCUAACAACAAAAUUUCUUCAACUCAUCAUCAUCUUCAAUACAAAAUUCACUGUUACAUUAAAACUCAAUUUCUAGAGAGAGAAACAGUAAUGGCCGAUGAAAACUCACCGAGCAGCAGAGAUCAGGAGCUCCUGAAACCUGUCGCCACCACCGUUGACCAUGACGGCGGCGCGUCGUCGUCAAAACCCUCGCCGGCGUCCAGUUCACCGUCGCAUAACUCCGGCCAUGAGGUCGGGAGGCGAGUUGAAAUGAUGGUACUUCCGCUAGAGUUAUUACAACAAUUCAAACCAUCAGAUUUCACCGACCAACAAGAAUACGACACCUGGCAAAAGCGAAACUUAAAAAUGUUGGAAGCGGGACUUCUUCUACACCCUCACGUGCCACUUGGCAACGCCACAACUGCAUCCCAAAGACUACAAAAAAUCAUCCGUAACGCGCUCGAGAAACCAAUUGAAACCGGAAGAAACACCGAUCCGUUACAAGUCCUACGUGGUGCCGUAAUGUCAUUAGCCAACCGGUCAACCUGUGACAACCGGACUACUUAUACAAAUUCGGGUUCGGAUUCAGAAGAAAACGUUGACGAUGAUCCACGUGAAAGGCAGUCGACCGGUGAUGGGAUUGGGGAUGAUAGUGCCAUGCGUUAA